AUCACAAUGAUGAAGACUACAAUCGGCGUUGUCGCGAUCCUUGCAUUUUGCUUCGUGUGGCAUGCGUACGCGACGGCAAACUGCACAGCCACAGGACCGGGGCGAUACGUUGAGCCAAAUGACAACACGUGCAAGAACUACACACUCUGUGUUUACAUUACUGCGAAUAACACUUACUUGGCGUAUAACUACGUAUGUCCGACCACUUCGUUGUUCAAUCCUAAUUUAGCUCGUUGUACCAGCAAUUACACGUGUACUACUAAUGCUGGGUAAUUAGUCAAUAAGAAAAAAGGUAUAUAAUUUG